UCAUCGUAGUAUUACAAGUUUUACCAGAACCAUGCAAGUACUGUUGGAAAUUUGUGUAGAUACAUACGAAUCUGCUGUCGCUGCCAUCGAAGGAGGGGCCAAUAGACUUGAACUUUGUUCUGCCUUGAGUGAAGGUGGAUUAACGCCAACCGUCGGUCUGCUUCGAGGGGUAAAAAAGUUUCUAGCAGAAUGGUCAAAGAACACGGGUCGCACUGUCCCCGUCUAUUGUAUGGUUCGAUGUAGACGCGGUAGCGACUUUCUGUACAGUCAGCCGGAAAUGGAUAUCAUGCUUUGGGAUUUACAAAUGCUGAAGGAAAAUGGUGCUGAUGGUUUCGUCUUCGGGGCCCUCGAUGAAUCCGGCAACGUCCAUCGAAGCCAAUGCGAGCAAGUGCUAAACAAUGCGGAUACCCUACCGUUGACUUUUCAUCGUGCGAUCGAUUGUACAGACGAAAGCAAACUCUUGUCGAACAUUAAGCUGAUUGCUGAACUUGGUUUUACCACCAUUCUUACAAGUGGCCUAAAACCUUCCGCAUCAGCAGGACUGGACACGAUAGUCCAAAUGAGAGCAUUCACGGAGGAAAUAGAAAAGUUAACAGGAAAGAAGAUUGACAUAAUGCCAGGGUCGGGAGUUAAACCGGAAAACAUACGCACUAUUUUAACGGCUACUGGCUGUAGAGCGAUCCAUGGAUCAGCAAGUGUUUCGAAAGCAUCCAGUAUUGCUAAUGAAACGAUUUCCAUGGGAGGUUCCAACGUCGAUGCACUUCCCUUAAACAUUUGCAGUAAAAAAAUGGUAGAGGAGUUGCGGAAGAUUAUUGCUUCGUUAUAAGAGGUAAAUAUUAUUCGUUGUGGUAAAACUGGAAGAUUUUUUUUAACUGAAAUCAACUAUUGUUGAAAUAAACAAGACGUCUAUUGGAUUGUACAUCCCAUACCGUGGUUUAUUAAUUCGUCACAUGCACAGUUCGCUGAUGUUGAGGGUGCAAAUGGCAGUAACAAACGGCCCAUUUAUAUUGGUGGUUAUUGCAAGAUGGAUAGUUGUAGCUUUACGUUACUAUUAUCGAAUCCCGCGUGGGGCAACUUCAUAAUUGGCGUUUUGCAUUACCGCUUCUCGAUCUCGGGGUUCGGAUUGAAUAUACGAUUGUACCUUCAUCCUUGAAGCUUGCUUGCUUUCUCCUCGAAUAACAUAUUCUGGUCAGAAGUGCUCAUGUAUUCUAAGUGAUCCGUUUUAUCU